CAAGGGAUGGCGAGGGCUAAACGGCUCUGUGCGGACAACUGACAUCCAUACAGAUUUCAGAUUUAUAUGUAAAAGAAGAAGAAAAGUGGAAUAAUUAGCUUUAAAAGAGGGAUUUCCUACUGAAAGGGUGUUGGUUUAUCAUAUAAUGGGUCAGGUACAAGGAGGUGAGGAGGACAGUGAAGUGGGCAUCUCUCAGAUUCAGGAGCUUUACAAGAAGUUUGCAGACGAGUGCCCCAGCGGAAAGCUGCACCUACACGAGUUCAAGAGGAUUUUUGGAAUAACGAGUGACUCGACCACAGAGGAAUCUGCGUACAUGGACAAUCUGUUCAGAUCAUUUGAUACUAAUAACGAUAACACCAUAGACUUCAUGGAAUACGUGGCUGCCCUGCACCUGGUUCUCCGUGGUCGGCUUGAGGACAAACUGAGGUGGUCCUUCAAGGUUUACGACAGGGACGGGAAUGGACGGCUGGACAAACAUGAAGUGAAACAACUCAUUAAGAUCAUCUAUAAACUGCGGAGGCAUGAUCGUCAACAGGACCCUGAAAAACUCACCCCAGAUCAGAUCUGUGACCGGAUAUUUGAACUUAUUGACGAAAAUAAUGAUGGUCAGCUUUCACUACAGGAGUUUGUAGAAGGGGCUCAAAAAGACAAGUGGGUCAUGGAGCAGCUCAGGCUUGACCUGCGACCCACAGGCUGGUUCAUCGACCACCAGGCUAAAAAUUCACCAACAAAGUCUUAGUCAUGAACCCAUGCUAACACAGACUCCGACUCCAACGCACAUCUGAAGAAGUGGUUCUUCAUUAUUCGUCAUCUACAGCAGGACAAGGUUACGCCAAGUCGUCCAAUGUACUGUAUUUCAUAUCCAGCAAAUAAAUGUUGCAUGAUUUGAGUAACACAUCAUGACAGAAUGAACUGAACAGAAGCAUCAGCUUCACUUCCUCCACAUGGAUAUAUAUACUGUAUUUAUAAGCACAUGAAUGACAAAAAAGGUUUUGUGAGAAGGUUUUCAAUCAUAAAGGAAUGUAUUUAAUCUGAUCUUUGUUUCUGUAUAUGCUGUAUAUGCUUAUUCAUAAAGAUCUGCGCCAUCUAUUAUACCACAAUAUACUGUAAUGAUGUCUUGUAAUUGUAAAAUACAGCCUUACUUGUGAAUGAAUUAUCUACCUGUGCAGCAGGAAAUGUCUGGAGUUGUUUUUUUUUACAAUCACAGACAACCCAACCAUUACGAGACAUAACAAAUUUGGUUGCUUGGUCAGUCCAUCACCUUUACCCUCAGCCUCUUUAAUAAAGCAGCGGUCGUCUUAGAGGUGUGUUUGGGGUCAUUAUCAUGCUAAA